CCGCGGUUUAUUGGACCAAACCGUGGAUCUAGCCGACUUCCCAGUACAUGUUAGUAACCCAGUCGACCACUCUCUUAACUCCCCCAAAGAGCUCAAGUCUCAACGCUAAUUUUGAGGAUCUCGUCCCCUUUUUCAUUCAUAACCACAUUUCACUAGAGAGUAGAAACGAUCAAAGUUGCCAAACUCACGACCUAGUCGUGGCAUCUACAACUAUGGUAGUGAGACGAUGCAAAGAGGCAGGAGGAAAGUGCAAUGUCACGACCAAAGGGUCAAGUCGUGACUUUGCUGAAGUGGUCGUGAGAAGGUGCAAAACGACAACAUUUUUUGGUUUAGAGUCACAACCAAAUGUUAAAUCUCACGGUCGUGACCCUAGCGUGAAAAGAGCAUUGUGGGUUGUAUAAAAGGCAACAAUGGGUAUUGAAGGGGGGAGCUGGAUUUUCACCCAAAAACAAAUGGUCAAUUUCUAGAGAGAGAGAGAGAGAGAGAGAGAGAGAGAGAGAGAGAGAGAGAGAGAGAGAGAGAGAGAGAGAGAGAGAGAGGGAGAUCUAGAGUGAUCUUGGGGCUGAAUUGGAGGCUUGGAUCAUCAAUGGAGCUUGAAGAUCACCCAUAUAAGAUGAAGAUUGAAGAUCUUGGGCAUGUAAUAUAUUCUCUCUCCUAUCUAUGAAUUAGUUCUCCUUCACUUAGGUUGAUAAACCCUAGUUCUAGAUUUUGGAUUGAUUGUUGAUGUAUGUGACAAAUCCUAUGAUUGACUACUCAUAUUCUCUAUUUGAUUGAUAUUUAUGAUGAAUUGCAUGAGUCUUGAUCCCACCACAUGUCAAUUAUGCUUUGACUUAAGAGAAAGAAUAUCUCCAUGGGUUCAAUAUAGCCACUUCAAUCCUUUAUCAUGUGUCCUUGAACGAGUGUGAUUGGAUCCAUAGUGUCAAUUGGGUCUUUGCCCUCUAGCGGGAGUCAAUUAUGAAUGGCUUAGUUGGCUAGGUCGGUUGUUGGUACGCCUCUUCCGAGUAGAGCAAUUGAGCGAGUUGGACAACUUGAAUAGAGAAUCCAAUUGAGUCUAGGAUUCUACGUGGUAGACGUAUCGAGUCAAUCAAUCUAGGGUAGUACUCAACAUCGUCCUAAUAGAGGAACUUGGGGGAUUCAUGCCUAAGUGAGCUAAUUAGCCAGAUUAGUGGUUAGAGUAGCUUAGUUAGUUUAGUUUCUUAAUCACUAUUAUUUUCUGGAUAGAUAUCAAACUGAAGUGAAGUAACGUAGAGGCAUGUGGAUUCAAUUUUAUCUUUACUUACCCUAUACUUCACAAUGUUGUUGGUGAUGCUUGGUCUUUGAUUGGGAUAGUUGUAUUUAAAGCGAGUCAAGAGACCACCUUGGCAUAUGUGUGGCAGCGUUGUGAGUAAUUUGAGAUGCUGCUAAACUAUAACAGCUGAACUGAAGGGAGCGAUGGAGGGGCUAAAACUUGCUAGACAAAAUGGGUACAUGAAGGUUCAGUUCAAUCUCGAUUCCCAAUACUAUAGCUACUCAUCAAGUAGUGCAUGGAGAAUGAUUAUCAACACGGACUCCUAACACAACAUAUUAGGGAUCUUUUGAACCUCGAUUGGGAUGUUGUUUCACAUGUUUACAUAGAGUAUAAUAUCAAGUAUAUUUCUAACCUUCUAAGAAGCAUUGUUUCCCAUUUGGCGAAUAUAUUCAGUACGAAUGAUCUAAACGAUGACAAUGGUUAACGUAAGAUAUUAUGAGUCCCUCAAAAUCUUUCAAGUAGUAUGAAUUAAGACGAUUUCUACCAUUUACAAAUAUAUUAUAGCAAAGUUGGGGGCAGUUUUUCAGCAUUUCGAAUUUUCGAACACGAGAGGGAAAGUAGGAAGGGUAAUUGUGUCUUCACAAUCAUUAUUUAUCGUUUAUUCAUAAGAAAAAAAAAAAUCAAUCCUGGGAUUCAAACCAUGGUCUUUCCAAACAAAGACAACAACCAUUACCAGUUACACUAAAGAAACAUUUUGUAUCUUUUUAAAUACAAAAUCUGAAAACCUAAAAUCUAAAAACUAUAUGACUUUUCCACUAUUGUUAGUUAGCCCACUAACUCUCGAAAGUACUUUCUUUGUUAUUUGAUAUUUUGAUUAUUGUAAUUUGAGUUUAAUAGUAAAUUUAAUUUAUGUCCUCUUACAAAUGGAGAAUAAUUUCAAAAGUGCAACCCAAAUAUCAUUGAUUUGAAUAUUGCAUAUUGAAUUGCAAUAUUAAAUGUGUAGAUGUGAUGUAUAAUUCUUAAAUUGGUAUUAAUUUUUAGAACUAUUAAAGCAACGAUAUUGUUAUGCAAACUGUAAGUGACCAGUUUUUUCAUUUUUGAAAGUUUUAGUUUGGUUAAUCGUUGAAUCCUAAAUUUCUUUAUAAUAUGGCAUGCUUGGAAAAAUGAGUGAGUUUAAAAGAACACAAUUUAUGAAUACCAAUUUUUAUAGAUGUUUUUAAUAGGGUCAUUGACUAGAUGUAUCAUUCAUAGUUACUUAGUUUAAUAUGAAAUAACGCAGCACAAGACAAAUCAUGAAAGUCAGGAUGGAGUUUUCAUGGACACGUUGAUGGGGUCAUGUGCAUUACCAAGGUAGGUACCACAAGAUAUGUGUAAUGUUUUUGUUGAGUGAAUAAGAUUGUCCUUCAACUAAAUAUAGAGUAUCUUUGUUGAUAAAUAAUUUUUUUAUUACAUAGAGUAUGGACGGAGAAUGUUCUUUUCUUACUAAUUUUGUUAUUAUAUUAUGUAUAAUACUUUAAGGUUUAGAUAUUUCUAUAUAUAAUAUAUGUAUUGUUUCUCAAGCAAAAGAAAUAAAUACUAACCAAAGGUUAUGAUCAUGAGUUUCCUAUUUAUGCUAAGUUUUUUUAGACAAACUCUUUUUUUAUGUCAAUUUUCUUUUCAACCAUAGGCAACUAAGUGACUACAUCAUUAAAUAGACAAGUUAUGAAUGGUUAUUGAUAGACCAAUAACUACACAUGUUUAUACCCUUAUUCUUGAGCUGUUGGAGAAAAGAUUCUUGUGUUUUAAGCCGAUUUCACGCUAGGUUGUGUGUUUAUGUCAUAUUUCAGGGCUUGGCGUUGACGUUAAGGCGAGGAAAUGAGUUUCGGGUCAAAAGGAGGACGUUUGAGUUGAAGGGGGCUGGAGGAGCAAAAUAUCCGACCAUGAGUAAUAAUACCCGGCCGGGUAAAUCGCUAAGAGAGGCCGGGGAAAAUCGAUUUUGGACGUCUAGAAACAGAAGGGGUCCCGGCCAGAGAGCAAAAAUACCCGAUCAGGUAUUCUUGACCUCGAUCGGGUAUUAUCCCCUGUACCGCUGCGUUGCGUUUCAAAAUCCCCGGCCGGGCACCCGAAAUACCCGACCGGGGAUUAUGACCGGGGAUCGCGAACGCAGACUGUUAAAAGCCUGUUUGUGCGUUUUUGCAAGGGGACAGCUGAGUUUUGGAUCCCAAAAACCCAAGGGACGAACCAAAGAGAGAAAGGGCGAUUUGAGGGCAUUCUUGGAGUGGAAUUGGAGGAUUUCUUUGCCUUGGAAGCUCGAGGAACAAGCCCAGACUUGAAGACUGAUCAUCUGAAGAUUCUUACUUCAGUCUCUCUCUUCUCUAUGGAGUAACUUCCCUUCACUUAGGUUUUGAGGAACCCUAGCUAUGUUUGUUUGAUUGGAUUAUUGUAUGAGUACUCCUACUUAAUAAUCUUGAGUUCAUAUUCAAUCUAUGCACGUUUUCAUGAUUCAAUUCUGCUUUAGUCGAGAUUAUUGAUUCUGCUUUGAUCCUAUGAGAGCGAAUACCUGAUUAGGUCAAUAGAGCACCAUAGAUUGAUAGUAUUGGAUUGAUUGCUUUAGUCGAGGGUCGAUUCACUGCUUUGUAUCGAUUGAGAAUCUCAUUGGAUAGAGGGAGUCUAGUUCAGAACGCCUUGAUUGGUUGUUCUAGAGAAGGAUACGUCCCUCUAGGCAAUCGACUCAAGAGGGCCUUGAUCCUUUAGUCGAGAUUCAAGGUCUAGUCAAGGAUUCUACGCAUUGUGAAUGAAAGUGAAACAAGUUAGAAAUCAUCAAUCAUUAAUCUGGCUAGUGGCUAGGGGGAAUCAUACCUAAGUGAGUUCCCAACCUGUAAUUAGAUUAACUUUAACUGUAGUUUGUUAGAGUAGUUUUAGUUCUUCCAUCUUAAUCUGGUUUGCUAGAUAAUGAACUGAAGCUGAGUAAUAGUAACUCUAGAGACCCGUUGAUUAGAUAUUUAUUACUUGAGCCACUAUACUGUAGUCCCUUUCAUUGGUUACACUUGGCCUUUGUCAGGAGUUGUGUCAUAGCGAGUCAGUUAUUCAUAAGUGUUAUAACCAAGGUUGUGACACCUCUACUGGGCGAUUGGUUGGACUAGAUCCGACCAAAGUCAUGCUCCAAAACAGGCUCUACAAAAUCAAGAGUCUGAUCGUUAUAGAGGGAGAAGAAGAGAGAGGCAAGGAGGAGGAAGGGGGGGGGGGGGGGGGCAAGGGGAUGGUGGGUGGAUCUUGAGAUAUGUAUGUUUUUGUAUGGAAUUUGACUAUUUGAGUUUUUAAUAGAUACAAGUUAGUAUAUUCUAUUUCAGUCACUAAAUUUCUAUCUUAUAAGUAAAUAUAUUUAGAAAAGGUGUAAAACAACUCAAACAGGUUGGACCUCAAUCAAACCAUUGAACUACAAACCACUUGUUUGACCGGCUCAAUGAUUUUAACCGGUUUGACAACUUUGGUUAUAACCAUUAAGGUUACAAUGUUCACCAUUGAUGAAAGUUAUAAGAAUUUCGAAAAUGAAAAAAUAAUUGAGAUGUCACCUUAGUGCCAUACGAAAUUCAGCAUUUCAAUUAAUUUAACAAAUUUAAAUACACAUCAUAAAUACAUUAUGUUCAAAUGGCAUUUAGAUCAACGAGUCGGACAACAAACUAAUAACAAAAGAAAGAAGAGUCGGGACCCAGGAGACGAAGAAUUGAGGGGGAAUUAGAGGUGUCAAUUGGACGGGUUGGGUCGGGUUCGGAUUGGGUCCAACCAGGUUGGGUUCAAUCGGGUUGCGAGUUCAAUCGGGUCAGUUUUAAUUUGGAUCGGGUUUAAUUGGGUUACAGGUCAAUUGGGUUACGGAUCGGAUCGGGUUACAGGUGCAUCAAAUUAUGGGUUUAUUGGAUUGCGGGUUAAUUUGGGUUCGUUCGGGUCGGAUUAUGGGUUAUUCGGGUCAACCCAUUGGAUCAUUUGCUUCUUGAUAGAAAAUAAUGUUUUACAAACUAUCAAUAUAUGAAUAUAAAUUGUAGGUAAUGAUACAAAAUUUAAGAAAAUGAUAAUAUUUUACACAUAAAAAUUAAAUAUCCAUUAUGUUAGUAUAAAACUAAAUAUAAAUAAAAUAGUGUAUAUAAAAGUUUUGUUGUUGGUUAUAAUUUUUUUUUUAUGGCGAGAGAUUGUAACUUCACUUAUUUUAUUAAUUUAUAAAUUAAUUGAAUCAGUAAAAAUUUGAAAAUGAAGUAAAAAAGAUAGACUAUAUGCUUAUACAUCUCGAAAUGAAUCAUCUUAAUUAAA